AUGAUACUUCUAAAUAAUUUUCUACUCAUUCAACUACUAUUUCUCAACUUAGUUUUAGGUCAUUUAAAUUUUUUAGGAUUGGAAGAACCAAACUAUUUCAAAAAGGGAGAUGCAGUUGAUUUAUUAGUGAAUAAAAUAGAAUCAGAUAAAACUCAAUUACCUUAUGGAUAUUAUAGUUUACCAUUUGUAUGUCCUCCAAUGAAUGACGCAAAACCUUUACAUUUAUCAUUAGGUGAAAUAUUGAAAGGAGAUAGAAUUUGGAAAAGUGGUUACAAGUUGGAAUUUUUAAAAGAUGAAAAUUGUUUAAGGUUAUGUGAUUUAAGAGCAAGUGCAAAUGGGAUAAGAAGAGCUUCAAAUUUAAUUAAAGAAGGGUACGUGGUGCAUUGGUCAAUUGAUGAUUUACCAGGUGCUACGACUUUUCAAACAUCUCAUCAUAAUUCAAAAUAUUAUGCCUCGGGUUUUCCUUUGGGUUUCGUUGAAAAUGAUAUAAGUUAUAUAUAUAAUCAUGUUAUGUUAGUUAUAAGGUAUCACAAACUAAGUAAAGAUAAACAUGUUAUAGUUGGAUUUGAGGUAUACCCGAGAUCAGUUAUAAAUGAAGAAUGUCCAGGAUCUAGUAAAGAUUAUGAAAAUUUUGCAUUAAAAUAUCAAUAUGAUGCUGAGGGGAACUUAGUACAAGAACGGACUUUGAUACCUUAUACUUAUUCAGUAUAUUGGAGAGAAGACAAUUCAAUAGAUUAUGAAUCAAGAUGGGAUUUAUAUUAUGAACAUGAAUUACAAAAUAAUAAAAAAAAAAUUCAUUGGUUUUCUUUUAUUAAUUCAAUUGUUUUGAUUUUUUUGGUGUCAUUAAUUGUUAUGAUUGUAUUUUAUAAAAUACUAAAGAGAGAUUUACAAAAUUUGCAACCAAAUUUACCUGUGACUGAAAAAGAUUUAGAUCACUCACUUACUAGUGGAAAUAACUGGAGAAAUUUAGUAAAUGAAGUUAACACAACCCCUCAAUAUGAAUUGUUAUUAACUACAUUAGUUUCAGGUGGUAUUCAAAUGUUGAUAGUAAUAGUUGGAGUAAUAAUUUUAUUGACAUUAGACUCAAUAUCAUUUUUUGCAAAACAUUCAUUUAUAAAUAAUCAUAAAGGUGCAUUUUUUUCAUUAUCAAUAUUUUGUUUUAUGGGAUCAGGAUUAAUUAGUUCUUUCAUGGGAGUGAUACUACAUAAAUAUUUCAAAAAUGAAAAUCUCAAUAAGUCAUAUCCUUUUUUCAAUAAUUUUAUAUUGUCAUUAUUAUUUAGUGCUGUAUUACCUUUAUUUUUAUUCUUGUUGAUGCUUGUGCUAAAUUUUUUUGUAUGGGCUGAAGAAUCAUCAACUGCAUUACCUUUUGGUACCAUUAUCAUAUUUGUACUACUGUUUAUUUUAAUACAGUGUCCUUUGGGAGUCAUUGGUGGAUAUUAUGGUAAUCAUUUUAAAUUUAGUAACUACAAAUAUAUUACAACUACUCCAUCAGUACCUAGCUCACCAAACAAUGAUUAUUACCUACCUAAAAAGUCAAUUUUAAGAACUUUAUUUAAAUCAUUUUCAAUCAUAUCGUAUUUUAAAAAUGUAUUAGUAUUUGGAGCAAUACCGUUUGCUGUUGUAUUUGUUGAAUUGUUCUUCAUUUUCAAUUCAGUUUGGUUGGAGAAGACUACCUUUUAUUACAUGUAUGGAUUUUUAUUUUUAACAAUAAUUAUGUUGUCAAUAAUAAUUAUAGAGCAAACAAUAAUUUCAAUAUACUUAUCAUUAACUUUCUACAAUUACCCAAAUUGGUCAUGGUUAUCAUUUCAAAAUGGUUCAAGUGUUGGGUGGUGUAUAUACGUUUACUCCAUUUAUUACUACUUCAAAUUUUUAAAUAUUGAUGAUUUUAUAAGUUCAUUAUUAUUUUUCAGUUAUAUGGGUUUAGCUUGUUUUAUAAUUGGUAUUGCAUGUGGUUCAAUUGGUGUACUAACUGGUUUAGUAUUUAUUAAUAAGAUUUAUAGAGCUGUUAAACUAGAAUAA